GCCGCGCUGCUGGGCUCUUGGGCUCCUGUGCUGGCACGGAGUCCACCCUGCCGUCCUCGCCGCGGCUGCUGAGCGUCCAGAAGGCCAAGCAUUCGCCGCCCCUGAGCGUGUCUGUCCCGGUUACCCGCAGCCUCCUUCCCUUCUUCCUCUCUCCCUGUUAGGGAGGCGAAGCUGGGGCUCGUUUCUGUCGGCGCCACAGACCUUCCUGCAAACCCCAGCCGGGACCUGGGAACGAAUCCGACAGACCAGAAGACCUUUGGCAGUGGCUCUUUUUAAGAGCACUUUGCCUGAAGUGGGGUUGUGGCGGAGUUUCUCCUCCACCUCUCAAUGCAAACACCAUGCGGAGAGCAGUCGAUUUCCUUGCGCUGUGCCAGCUUCUUAAUCUUCAUGCUGCAGGGUGCUUUUCAGGAAAUAAUGAUCACUUUUUGGCAAUUAAUCAGAAGAGUGGGAAGCCAGUAUUCAUUUAUCACCAUUCGCAAGACACUGAGAAGAGCCUGGAUAUGGCUCCACAAAAGAUAUAUAAGCAUAGCUACCAUUCAUCUUCUGAAGUUCAAGCAAGAAAACACCACCAAAUUGUUAAUUCAGCAAUUCCUAGACCUGCGUAUGACCCCUCUCUCAAUCUGUUGGCUGUGACUGGUCAAGAUAUUGAAGUGGAAAAUCUUCCAAUCCCAGCAGCAAAUGUAAUUGUGGUG